GAUCCAGAUCUAUAGGCGCUCACAGGAAUCCAAAUGCGAUCGCUGCUCCACGCCAAGGAUGAAGAGCUCGUCGGAUCGGCCGACAGGUACCGCCAUUCUUCUUGCUCCGAUUCCCCUCCUCCUCCUCCUCCUCCUCCUCCUGUGCUCUUCGAUCGGGAGGGGCAGCAGCCAGGGCUGCUCCAAGGACAGCCCUCUCGUCGGAUUCUCGGCCGAUCUCGGCAUGAUCCAGCACCAGCUGCGGGGCCGCGUGACCAUCCUCGACGACUGUAGCUUCCGCGUCACGGGAUUCGACAUGAUCCAGGGCUCGCCCCACGUCUGCUGGUGGGGAUCUCUGGGCGAGGAUUUUCGCAACCUCACGCAGGGAUUCCCAGUCUCGGCCGCGCCGCUCAACCACACUCUCCUCAGCGACGACAUGGAAUUUCAGCUCCUGGAGAAUGUGACUUGGGAAAAAAUCCAAGUCCUCGCGGUCUGGGACGAGAUCACAGCCUCGGACUUUGGUCACGUAGUUCUUGACUCGAGCUGGAAGAAUUCGAGCUCUUCUUCUUCUUCGCAAAGAAAGGUUCCAGCCACAGUCUUGGAGAACUGCGUGGAGCUUAGCCCGCUAUACAGGCUAAGGUGGAGCUUGCUUCCAGGGAAUUCUAGCUCGCUUCCAGGGAAUGGUUCUUCGGUGGAUAUAGCGCUCGAGGCAGUGGUGCCGGAGACGAAGUAUAUGGCGUUUGGAUGGGCGAUGCCAGGGAAAGAGAACUACUUGAUGAUGAACGCGGACGUGGUGGUGGCGGGAUUUAAGAACAGGGACACACCCUUCGCGGAGGACUACUACAUCAGCAAGUAUAGCGAAUGCAACUGGGACUUUCAGAAUCCAUCCGGUGUGUGUCCCGACGUUGUUUACGACAGUAGCAGCGACAACAGCACCACUGUGCUUGUCCACGGCCAGCACGUAGACGGAGUAGCGUUCGUCCGCUACAACAGGCCGCUGUAUAGCUCCGACACCAAGCUCGACGUCUCGAUCGAUCCCAGCGCCAACAUGACUGUGAUAUGGGCGCUCGGUCCGCUCAAGCCACCGGACAGCUUGCAGCCGUUUUACUGGCCGCAGAACCACGGUGGUCCGGGGAGAGUCUCGUUUGGACACGUAAACUUGGUUCUCUCCGACGCUGUGAAUCAGUGCUCGGGCCCCCUGGUGGCGACGGAAGCCGAGCCGACGAUCGACGUGAUUGUAGCGGACAGAGGCUCUCCGCUCGUGGUUACGUCGGAGGAAGCGGCACACUAUCCGAAUCCACCCAGCCCGACCAAAGUUCUCCACAUCAACAAGAAGGAGGCUCCCAUUGUCCAAGUUGAGAGGGGCGUUCCAGUGAUUUUUUCCAUACAAGCGGGUCACGACGUCGCGUUCUACAUCACCUCGGACCCCGUUGGGGGGGCGACAAAUCCAAACGAGACCAUUUUUGCGGGUGGCCCGGAUGCUCACGGAGUGUUGUCGCAUCCGUUGGCUUUGAGCUGGCUUCCAAACAGGACGACGCCGGACGAAGUAUACUACCAGGCUUUCUUCGAGAAGAAGAUGGGAUGGAAAAUCCAGGUGGUGGAUGGCGGCCUCUCGGACAUGUACAAUAGCAGCGUCGUUUUGGCCGAGCAACAGGUGACGGUUUUUUGGACGACGAGUGGCACGAACAUAUCGUUCGCGGUGAGAGGCGAGCGAAAGAGCGGCUAUCUCGCGAUAUCCUUUGGCAGAGGGAUGGUGAACUCGUUCGCCUACGUAGGCUGGGUAGGGGCGGACGGGACUGGAUACGUGAAAAGCUACUGGAUCGACGGCAGGGACGCGUCAAACAUUCAUCAAACAAGCGAGGAGCUGUGGGACAGGAGGUGCUCGUCCGAGAAGGGUGCAGUGACUUUCGAGUUCACCAGGAGCUUGCAACCGCGGUGCUCGUCGGACAACGACAAGGCCUGCAAGAAGAACGUCGUGGAUCCAUCGGUGCCGCUGAGGAUCGUCUGGGCGAUGGGAUCAAAGUGGGACGCAAACUUCCCGUCGGACAGAAACAUGCACGACAGAACGAGCAGGAAGGCAACGGUGAUCUACCUGGAGAAAGGCGCGGCCGAGGCGGACGAAGAAGUGAAGCCCGUUCUCGUCGUCCACGGGUUUAUGAUGUUCCUGGCCUGGGCGGUCUUGUUCCCGGGAGGCGUGGUAGCGGCAAGGUAUCUCAAACACUUGGAGAACAACGUUUGGUUCCAGGCACACACUUAUCUCCAGUACUCGGGCGUCACCGUGAUGCUGCUAGCCUUCCUGUUCGCGGCUGCCGAGCUCCGGGGCCUCCACACAGAGACGGUGCACGUAAAGCUGGGACUGUUCAGCAUUCUCCUGGCUUGCUUCCAGCCGGUGAAUGCGUUCUUCCGCCCCGCAAAGUCUCCGCCGGGCCAGCAGCAGCACAAGCUGAGGAUGAUUUGGGAGUACUUGCACGUCUACUCGGGGAGGGGCGUGCUGGUUUUUGGGCUCGUCACUUUGGCCUCGGGGAUGUCUCUACUGGCGGAUAUCUAUGGGAGCGAGCACGUCCGGGGCUUUGAGUGGGCCUUGCUCGGCUGGGUGUUCAUGGUCUCUGGGAUCAUUGGCUACUUGGAGCUGAGACAGUUUUGGAACAAGGGAAAAGCUCGAGAGGCUCCUCCGGCGUGGGACGCGGAUGGGCGAUCGGUUCACGUCCUGGACGACAGUGAUGAGGAGCGCGAAGAUGACUCUGCGGGCUUGCUGGUGAAUGGAAACUCGCGGCACGAGUUCCCAGCGGCAUCGAGAGGGAUGGAAGUCCAGCUAGAAGCAUUCCAUUGAUGUGCUGAGUAUAUAUAUAACUUAGGAUAGUCUGGAAUUCUCACAAAAAAUCUUUGUUAGUCUGUAGUCUGAAAAUCAAUUUUAUGUGUUAAACAAAAUUCAACUUA